UCAUUUGCCAAAAAAAAGAGAAUAUCUCAUACACUUUCCUAUCUUCUCUUUUAAUUGAACUAUUAUUCUAUUUCAUGAGAAAUAUGAGAUUAUGUCAUUCAAUUAUUUUAUUUAAUUCUUUAAUUUCUAUUUCUAUUUGCUCGAAAGCUGAUGAUCCUGCACUUUUGGUUGCUAGUGAAUUUAAGGAGCAUUUCAAUGUGGAAGAAAAACAAUUGGAAACUGUUGAAGAAUUGCUUAUUAAAAUGAAAAAAUUGGCGCAUUCAAGAAGUUUUAAGGGAAGAGAAUUUGGUCAUGAUGCAGUUGAAGACUCAAAGAAAGAAGUGGCAAUUAGUACUCAACAAGGAACAAUUAAUAAAAAAGUUUCACCGUUUUUGUUUGAAGGUGAUAUUUUUCUAUCUCGACGUCAAGCAGUUGAUAUUCUGAAAGCUUUAUCAAAAGAUAAAACCAAACGAUUGAGAAGAUCAUUUGUUUCGGAUAAAACUGCCACGUGGAAAACCAUGCCAAUCAAGUAUCGUUUUCAUGAAAGUAUAGAUUUCUAUACAAUUAGUCAAAUCAUCGCAGCGAUUCGUUUCUGGGAAGAUUCCACGUGUAUCACUUUUGAAAAUGUUUCUGAUUCACCAGAUGGUGAUUAUAUCGAGUUUUUCAGUGGACAAGGAUGCUACUCUAUGAUCGGACGAAACGGUGGUCGUCAAGGUAUUUCAAUUGGUGAAAGUUGUGUUAAAAUGGGCGUCAUUGAACAUGAAAUUGGACACGCACUCGGGCUUUGGCAUGAACAGAGUAGACCUGAUGCAUUGGGUUAUGUUACUAUCGAACGAGAUUUUAUUCUUCCUUCGUAUAUAAGUGAUUUCCUUCAACGUGACGAUGAAAUUGAUACAUUGGGAAUACCGUAUGAUUUGGGAUCAGUAAUGCAUUAUGGAAGUACUGCAUUUAGUGUUGAUCAGAAAAGUAAAACAGUUGUUACAAGAGAUUCACUUUAUCAACAGACUAUUGGACAACGAGAAAAACUUUCGUUUUAUGACGUGGCAACUAUAAAUACUGCCUAUUGUAAAGAUGAAUGCAAGUCUGAAAAAACCAAAUGUGAAAAUGGAGGAUAUAUGAGACCAUCAAAAUGCUCCGAAUGUCUUUGUCCAGAUGGUCUUGGUGGAGAAAAGUGUGAGAAGAAUGAAGACUCGAAAAACGCUGAAUGUGGUGGAAUUAUUAAAUUAACUGAAGAAUGGAAAGAGAUUGAAUCUCCAAAUUAUCCGGAUCCAGGAUAUGAAGCUGAUCAAAAAUGUUCUUGGUUGUUGAAAGCGGAAAAAGGAAAACGAGUGGAAAUUGAAUUUAUUGAAGAUUUCUCAUUUCUCUGUACAUCUACAUGCGUUGAUUUUGUAGAGCUGAAGAUUUCUGAUGACUUGAGAAAUACUGGAUUCAGAUUCUGCUGCUAUGAUAAACCAGAAAUCAGUUUUGUUUCUCAGACUGACACUGCUAUUAUUAUUUUCCGAUCACAACUUUCUACGGAUAUUGGAUUUAAAAUUCAAGCAAAAUCUACCGAUGCCGAACCAAGGACAACAAUUGCUCCAACAAUUAUCACAACAACUUUGGCACCAAUAACUGUUGAUGCACCAAAUGUAUGGGCAGAUUGGGGUGAAUGGUCAAUGUGUUCAAGAACAUGUGGAGGUUGUGGAAUUAGAAGUCGGGUCAGAUCAUGUAGAAGCAAAAAGUGCGAGGGACGACGACAAGAAUUUGGAACCUGUAAUUUGAAAGCGUGCCCUGUUGAUAAACAUUGCGCAAAGCUACUAUCAAAUAAUAGGCUUUGCAAUGGAAAAGUGUGUACCAAAAACGACAUUGCAAUAUCGUCAUGUGAUGCUCCACAAUGUUGUCCUCCGUUUAUUAAUGUUGAUGGAGUAUGCCAAUCUGAUCAAGAAAAUCAACAUGAUGAAUUAUGGCUUUCUAUUUAAUCAUCCAUACUUUUCGAAUCUUAAAUAUUUCAUGAAUUGUUUUUCUUCAAAUUUCGACGUCUUGGCUAAACUUGCAACAAUUUUCUAUGUCUAUUUGUAUUUUCAUUAAUGUAUUUUUCUAAUUGUCAUACAAGAUAUUCUAAAUUAUUUCCUUCUAGGUCUUUCAAAUUCACAUUUCUUGUUUCUACUUAAACGGGUUGUUUUCAUUUUAUUUCUUAAAUUUAUUUCUUGUGAAUUAUUCAGAAAAACAAUAAUUUUCUGCUAAUCUUGUUAUAGGAUUUUCUGUAAUUUUAUAUCAAUAAACAGUUAUCGUAUGUUCUCUAUAAA